AUGGACGCGGGCUUGGCGAAGUGUUGCCCGGACGCGACGGACCUCAGCCACGCGACGUACAGGAACUUUCGACGGAGAGCGACGGUGUUCCAGAGAUUGUGUGCGCGCCGAGGCGCGUCAGUGGUGAGUGAGGGCGCCUACUUGCUCCUGCAGAGCCUGCAGGGCGACGCGUGGGACGCCUGCGACGAGAUAAGUUUCGAGAGGAUGGGCACCGCCGAGGCAUUCGAGGAGAUAUUCGAGAAGUUGGACGUGCUGUACAGGUACACUCAGGAGGUUGAGUUGCCAGGAAGGUGCGACGGAUUCUUCAGGGAGUUCGCGCGGCAGCCGAAGGAGACGCUCAACGCGUACGUACUUAGGCACGGCAAGGGGCUGACGAAGCUGCGCGAAGCUGGACUCGAGCUACCAGACCUACUGGCAGGAUGGCAUAUGAUGACGCGGGCGGCGAUUCCCCAGUGGCAAGUAGGCAACCACAAGGCGCUGUGCAACAACAGGUUGACGGUGCAGGUGGUAACGGAGAGUCUGAAGACGAUGUUCGGAGGCGAUAGCGUGGCGCACAAGAAGGAUCUCGAGAACGCCUACGAGGCUACCGAGGAGGCCUACGCAGCGUAUGCGGAGGCGCGAGCUAAGAUGAACGAGUUGGCGAAGUCCCGAGGGUUCUACCCCGCGGUGGCGCUGAUCGACGAGAAGCGUGGCGUGCAGAAGGGCAAGCAGAAAGGACGAUACGGUGGACGAGUACCCUUCGGCGGUGGCAAGGGCGGCAAGCACUUCGACGGCAGCCCGAAGACGACGCAUGCGGGAUCUACGCAGCAACGCGGACCAAGGUUCAAGCGGCGACGAGAUGGAGCACCCACCAAAGGCGACGAGGACGCGAAGAUGCUGCACGAGAUCGGCACGGACAAUAAGUUCACGGAGAUCGCUCCAAGCAUGGAGACGGCGCACGGAUUACCACUCGAAGAAGUGAAUUUGGCUACGGGCAAAGGAGUUGGCGACAGUGGAGCUACGAAGCCAGUCAUGGGACUCGACGAAUGGCCGAAGUGGCGCAAGAAGCUGACGGACAUGGGCAUGGCCGACCAGAUCACGACGGAGCGGUGCCAGAAGACAUUCCGGUUCGGCAACGACGUUACGGCGACGGCAAAGCAGAUGGUUACGUUCCCAGUCUGGGUUCGCAAGACGAAGCGCGAGAUCACGGUGCACCUGGCGAUGUACCUGGACGAAGUACCUCAGACGUGGAGCGACAUCGAGACAAACGAGAAAGGCCACAUGAUCCUGGACCUUUUGAGUUCCCCGGAGGACGCGCUGGAGAUCAAAGAGGAGUCUAGCUCGACGGACGCCGACACGGACGGAGAUCACGAGGUCAAGAGCGAAGAGGAGAUAGACUUCUACGUGACCAGCACUCAUGGCGAGGAGCAGGAGGACGCUGAGACGACGAACUUCGACGCCGAGCAGCUGAAGGACUGGUUUACGAAGGUUAACAGGACGCUCGACGAGAAACCUAAAGUUAAACGCAAGUUUUGGGAUAUUUUCGUCAAUGAGGGACGCAUUUCACAGCAUGUCGAGCAGCAUGGCGACUUCAAAACGGACAAGUAUACGUUGGACACUGGCUGGGAUUGUACGAGGACGUCACAUCGCGAAGCGUUCUUUGAAAAACUGCGACGUGAGAGGCCAGAAGAAGUUUGGAUUUCACCGCCAUGUACGCUGUGGUCUUCGAUCAACCCGCUGAACGACGCGAGUAAGGACAACAGAUAUCGGCAGCAGCGCAGACGAGAGCGAGAGAAGCAGAAGAAAGAGUUUCUGAAGUUCAGCCGGGACAUCUACAACGAGCAGCAGAAGAACGAGAGGAACGCGCAUUUGGAGCAUCCCAGGUACGCGACGUCGUGGAGCGAGGACGUCUGGCAGGACAUGGAAGGAUACGACACGUUCGUGGACCAGUGCGCGUACGGGCUGAAGGCGCUGGACCGCGACGGGCGCAGGAUCGGUCCGAUCAAGAAGCCCACGAACGCGCGGACGACCAAGUACAAGAUGCACGAGGGACUCUGGAGGCGUUGCAGCUGUAAUGAGAAACACGUUAUGCUGGAAGGAGCUCACAACAUGCGCGGAGUGGAGAACUACCCGAGGAGCAUGGCGUUUCAGGCGGCAAUCUGCAUCGUGGACGACCCGCAGAACGAGUCAAGCUAUGCCGUAGAGGAGAUGACGCAAGAGGAGUUUGACAAGAUCGAGUAUAAAGAAGUUUGUAAGAAUUUACUUGAGAAGUUCACGCUCGACGGGGUCAAGUGGGUUGAGAAGGUGCAUGUGCAGAUGGGUAUCAACGGCGCGAUCGACAUAGACACUUUUCACGUUAAUCACGUUAAGUGGAACGAGAAGCACAAGCUGAUUUUAACGAUUAUGGACGAGAGCUCGCGAUACGAGGUCGACACGGUAGUGCCAGACGAAAAAGCGAAGACCGAGAUAAAGGUGAUCGAGAAAAACUGGAUCAAUUGGGCUGGUGUGUGCCAGUGCGUAUUCGUGCUGAUCAAAGUGGUGCGCAUGUUACGACGAGAGCAGAUCGCGAAGUAUCACGAGGACCGACCAGACGACAGCCUGAAAAUUACGGUGCGAGUGACGUGCGACAUGAGGAAUCGGCUACGCAACGUUCGAGGGUUUACUCCAGCGCAGCGCGCGCUCGGACGGCAGCCCAGAGAUCUGGGCAACAUGGCAGACGAGCCGACGACGACGGGCGAUCUUGGAGAGCACGACGAGGGAUUCUACCAGAAUCUGGGUCGCAGGCGAGACGCGGCCAAGGCGUACUUCGCGGCGAAUAUGUCGAGGGCAGUGCGAGAGGCCUUAGCGGCUCGCAACAGACCCUUAGCGAAGGAGUUCCAGAUCGGCGAGUACGUCUACUUCUGGAGGUGCGACAAGGGCGAGAACGACUUUAUCAAGAGUUAUUGGAUGAGUCCGGCGAUGGUGACGCAGGUCGAGUGCACGGACGACCCCGAUAAGCUGAGGCAGUCAGUUAUCUGGUGCGUGCAUAACAACACGCUGCUCAGGACGACGCACGAGUUGCUGAGGCCAGAGCUACCAGAGGAGCGACGACAACGCGAGGAGGCAGGUGAUGAUUUCGGUCUACCCUUGUCAACGGCGGAGAGGUUGCUCAAGAGGUUGAAUAACACGACCGGCUCCAUCAAGUACAAGGAUUGCGUUGGCGACGCGCUCGGGGGCCCAGAGGGCCACGUAGACGACGGACAGCCCGAGGGCAUGGGCGUGGACGCUACAGGCGUGGACACUGACGGUAAGGUGGAGGAGCCAGUCGAGGAGCAGGCUCAUCGUGACGAAAGGACGAGGAGCAGCGAAGAAGCCGAGCCAGCCGAGUGCGAGGUGAAGGAGGAGCAGCCGCAGUCAGCGGCGGCCGAGUCUCGACCCGAAGCCGAUCUACCGGAAGCCGAUGGCGGGCGAGAAUCUCAUAUCGAGGCUCCAAGCCAGGAGAAAGAAGAGGACGCUAAACCGGAGGCCAUAGUGGAAAAGCGGAAGGUGGACGACAGGGACGAGUUACUGGAGAGCAUGAACGCGGCGAGACGGCUCGACGGGCUCAAACCGUUGGCUAAGAGACCAAGGAUAACACCGAUGGAGACGGAGGCCACCAAGACGGACACCGGCGACGACGAGCUGCUACUGCUGCACGAGGACGAGGAGAUGAUCUACCUCACGAACGCGGCGAAGCGCGACGCGGUGGCGGAGGCCAGGCUCACGCCGGACGAAAAGGCAAAUGCGCGAGUGAUUCUUCAAGGAUUUCACUUGGAGGAGGUGACGAGCACCAACGUGGAGAAGGCAAGCCCUACUCUGACGAGGCUCGCGAGGUACCUCAUCCUGCUCAUCUUGUGCCAGCAGUCGUGGAAGAUGGUGGCAGCUGACGUGAAGAGCGCAUUCCUGCAGGCCAAAGACAUUCGCGAGCAGGGUGUGCGCAUUUUCAGCAGACCGACGAGGGACAUCCGAAGGAGGUUGGCGAAGAUGAUGGGCCUAAAUGACGACGAGAUAUUGCAGAUGCUUAAGCCAGCUUUCGGAGAUGUUCGCGCUCCAAGGCAGUGGAAUCAGACGGUCACGGAGGCCAUGAUCGACAUCGGAUUUCUUCAACACCAGCUAGAUCGGUGCUGUUUUCUGUCGUGCCGCAUCGCGGCCGACGGCGACGACCCCUUUCUGGUGUGGAGCGCAGACGACGGCCAGAACGUCCUGGACGGCAUUCUGGGUUUACGCGUGGACGACUUCAUCGGUGGCGGCGAGAACUUGGAGUGCGAGGCCGACCUGACCGACAAGCAGGCCUACGAGGGCACGUUCCUGGACAGGGUGCAGACUCUCAGCAGGAACGAGAUCGAGGUCAAGGCCGAGCAGUACACCCACAAGGUGAAGCCGAUUGGCAUCGAGAAGGUACGCCGCCAGUACCCAGACGAUUUGUGCACGCCGAAGGAGAUCAGCCAGCUACGAGGACUUAAUGGAGCUAUGCAGUGGCCGGCAUCCCAGUGCAUGGUGCAGGCGGCGGCGACAGUUUCUUUUGCCCAAGGUGACGUGAGCGAAGCCACGGUUGGAAGUUUGCUGGAGGCCAACAAAUCAUUGCGGUUCCUGAAGGCGGGUGGCGACGUGGGCAUCCGUAUUCGUUACGUGUCCAAGUGGGAGGAGCUACGACUUGGAGUGUACUGGGACGCUUCAUGGGCAACAAGACUUAACGGCGAGUCGCAAGGAGGCUACAUGAUCUUCGCGAUCGAGGACGACAGGAUCGACGACGGCCAGGCCACGUUUUUGGUUAUCAUCAAUUGGACGAGCAAGAAGUUGGUUCGCAUUUGCAGGAGUUCUCUGGCCGGGGAGGCUCAGGCGGCGGCCAACGCGGUGGGCGCUCUGGAGUUUGCGAAGACGAUGCUGACCACGAUGCUCUACCCCAACAUGCAGCUGACGGGGCCGGACAUGCUGCAGGUGCUCGGGCGAAGCCCGUGUAUCACAUACUGCAAGGCGCUCUACGACGCAGCCAAUUCUCAGGCGCCAGCCGGUGGCCUGACGGAGCGCAGGACGGGCGUCGAGAUCAUGCGAGUGAACGAGAAGAUGAAGGAGUUCGGCGGAGUGUGGAGAUGGACGAAUACACAUCAGCAGAUGGCGGACGGGCUGACUAAGUUGCAGGUGCGACAGCAGUUCGUGGAGAAGCUGAGGAGGAUGACACACGCGCUGAAGUACGACGCGAGGUUCACGGCAGGCAAGAAGGUCAGCCAGCAAGAGCGUGACAAGAACGAGCAGGGGCUAAACGACGCGGCGGCCGACUUCGACGAGGCGAAUGCGGUGGACCAGACACCAGAUGAAGUGCCGGCGCGAGAGAUGGUCAGAGCGACGAGGGCAGGGGCCAGGACAGCACAGAGACUGGCGGCGCUUGUGGCGACAACGGCGGCUACGACGACAAAAGCGGAGGAGACCUGCCCAAGCCUGGACAUCAACGAGACGCAGUGGAUCUACGUGACCGUGCUCACGAUGUCGCUGGUUGUGAUGGUGCUGGUUUGCGAAGGGAAGACCAAGGUGGUCCAGGCCCGCGGGGCGUGGACCACCAACCUCGUGGAGGCGACGGUGCAACCCGAGAGGAGAUAG